AUGGCCAGAUUUCGACGGAAAACCUGCGUCGCUCUGUCGCUCUUCACACUCUUCAUUUUCGGUACAAUGAUGGGGCUGAAGAUGCUGAAACAGACCGAGGGUUUGGGGGAGCCUGGUGCCGGGUUACAGCAUCUUCCCCUGGCGGACGGCCGGCAGUCAGUGCCGGUCAAAGCCAUCCUGAUGCUGCCGCCCACCGUGACCAAGGCGGUGGUCCCCGGCCCCUUACCCGCUUACCCCCCGAUCAACGCGGACCUGCACAUCUUCUACUACGGCUGGUACGGCAGCCCCCGUUUCGACGGCAGGUUCCUGCACUGGGAUCACCUCCUGGUGCCUCACUGGGACCCCAAAGUGGCCGCCAGUUACCCGAGGGGCCGACACCACCCUCCAGAGGACAUCGGCUCCAGCUUCUACCCGGAGCUGGGACCCUACAGCUCCCGGGACCCGCAUGUCAUCGAGGAACACAUGAAGCAACUUCGAUCUGCAGCCGUGGGUGUAUUGGUGUUGUCUUGGUAUCCUUCUGGAUUAGAAGACAACAACAGCGAACCAGUGGAUGACCUGGUACCUGCCAUACUGGAUGCUGCAGACAGAUACAGUUUAAAGGUGGCCUUUCACAUCCUGCCGUACAUAGGGCGCAAUGACCACACUGUGUAUGAGAAUAUCAAGUACAUUGUGGACAAGUGA